UAUUAUAUUAUUCAAAUCAGCUGUUCUCGCCGCUUGUUUUAUAAGUUCAUUUUUGCAUAGUUUAUUAUAUUUCCCGAAUAAUACAAGUGGAGAAACUGCUGGGUAUGUUGAGAAAUUUGGCGCGCACCUUCGAGACUGCUCUGAAGCUGCAUGCCACCACAAACUCAGCUCCGCUGCACUGCAGCAGACGCCUGCUCUUCUCGCAGUACGAAAACCGAGGAAGCGCACGGAAAUCCCUCCUGACAAGUGCCCCAUUUGGUGGCAACGAGGCGGAGAACGACUAUGUGCCCUAUCGCCAGGACCAGGAGAAGGGCACCAAGGCGCGGGUGCUCCUCCAAGCUCUGCGGGAACGUUUUCGCUUCACGGACGACGAGCUGCAGCGGAUCAUGAGCGACGAACUGGUGCACCGCUGCUACCGCGGGAAAUCGUUGGCCCUGACCAUGGACGCACUGCAGCUGGAGGGCGUCAGCAGGCGCAGCUUUGUGGAGUACCCCUGGCUGCUGUCCCUGGACAACAAGCGCCUGGAACUAAAGCUUCAGCUUAUGAAGUCAAUGGACAUUCGGGACAUAAACCACUUUGUGCCUUUCCUGCGCCUCACUGUGCCACGCCUGCGUAAGCUGGUUGGUGCCCUCAACUCCGAGCGGAGCACGAUGCCGCAGAAUCGUGUCUAUUACAUCAGCGAGAAGCUAGAAGUCAGUCCAGAGAUUGUGACCAAGUACCUGUCGAAGCGACUCUUUAUCCUGGAGAUGCCCUACGAGAUGUUUGAGAAGAACCUGCAGCACAUGAUCAACUACAAUGUGUCGCCAAUAAACAUUCUCAAGGAUCUCUGGGCCUUUCGUUAUACGCCAAAGUCGGUUCAAGUGCGUUUGGAGCGCGCCAAGCGAGCGAAAAAGGACAAGAUCAUGCCGUGGAUGGUACGCUGUCCGGAGCCCAUCCUGCAGCGCUCCCUGAAGCUCUCCCUCGAUGAGUUAAACGUUCUGGGGGAGUUCUCCUCCGUGGUGGAAUACUUGGCGCAUCGUUUGGGCUUCAGCGUGAGUGAAGCAAAAGCCGUCAUGGACAGACAUCCGCAGGUGCACACCGUGCGGGUGACCAAGAUCAAGGAGGUGCUAGACUACCUACUCGAUGAAGCCAAGUUUACGAGAUUCGAGGUCGCCCAAGUGCCUCGAAUUCUGUGCCAUAGCCUGAAAACCACCAAGGAACGUAUGGAUGAGCUAAAGUCCCACGGCUGUCGACCCUCCUCCCUCGUCAUUGUUUGUCGCAGUCGCAGGGAGUACGAGAAGUUUUUGCAGCACUGGAUAAGCCAAGCGAGAGAUUCGCCAACUACAGAGAACAUUGUAGGUUGAAUUUAAUUACAAGUUUCUCUGAAUUUAA